AUGGCUCCUUAUAAUAUCGUUGUCUUUGCUGGCGACUACUGCGGUCCGGAGGUCACUGCUGAGGCAUUGAAGACUCUCCGCGUUAUCGAGAAAUAUCGCAGUGACAUCCAGUUUAACUUUCAAGAGCACCCUCUGGGCGGUGCUUCUAUAGACGCACAUGGCGAGCCAUUGACCGAUGCUGCUUUGACAGCUGCCAAGAACGCUGAUGCGGUCAUCCUGGGAGCCAUUGGAGGACCUAAAUGGGGUCAUGGAACCGUCCGCCCUGAACAGGGAAUCCUCAAGCUCCGAAAGGAGAUGGGCACCUUUGGCAACCUUCGGCCAUGCAGCUUCGCCGCACCCUCUCUUGUCGAUAUAUCCCCCCUCAAAGCCGACGUAUGCCGGGAUGUCAACUUCAACAUUAUCCGCGAAUUGACCGGUGGUAUCUACUUUGGGGACCGCAAAGAAGACAACGGCGACGGCUUCGCUCUCGACACAGAACCUUACUCCCGUGCCGAGAUUGAGCGUAUCACACGCCUCGCUGCCCACCUGGCCCUGCAGCAUGACCCUCCGCUGCCCGUCUGGAGUCUCGACAAGGCCAAUGUCCUCGCCACAAGCCGACUGUGGCGCAAGGUCGUGACGGAGGUUAUCACCAACGAAUUCCCGCAGUUGAAGCUCGGUCACCAACUGAUCGACUCCGCUGCUAUGCUCAUGGUCAAGGACCCUCGCAAGCUCAAUGGCAUCGUCGUCACGAGCAAUCUGUUUGGCGAUAUUAUCUCCGACGAGGCCAGCGUUAUCCCCGGUUCGCUGGGUCUGUUGCCAAGUGCUAGUUUGACUGGUAUCCCUGACGGAAAGAGCAAGGUUAAUGGUAUCUAUGAGCCUAUUCACGGUUCCGCCCCGGAUAUUGCUGGAAAGGGCAUCGUGAACCCUGUCGCUGCCAUCCUGUCUAUGGCUAUGUUGCUUCAAUACUCUCUUGGCCGCCCAGCCGAGGCGCGCAUAAUCGAACAGGCGGUUAGCAACGUCAUUGAGGCUGGCAUCCGGACCGGUGAUAUUGGUGGGAAAGCGUCAACUGUUGAGGUCGGUGAUGCUGUUGCUGCUGAGUUGGCGAAGCUGCUUCAGUAA